AUGGCCUUCUUCAACUUAUAUCUAUUAGGAUAUCAAAAUGCCUUUCGGAACAAGAAAAGGGACACAACUGAAGAAACAUACCAGAAAGAACCAGAGCCCACUAGGCUUCCCCCUAUUAUCUCAGAAGAUGGGAAUCAUUCCGUGCACCAGAAUAGCCACACAAGGUACCAGGAAGCUGUACGGAAGGUGUUGUUAAAGACAUUCCCCAAUCAGGUCUUCAGAGUCCCCCUGACUGAUGCUCAGAACUUCAGCUUCUGGCGGUCCCACAGUCCAGGAGUGCGCCCAGAGGACACCAUGCCAUGGAUCCGGAGCCCCCGCCACUGCCUCAUCAGAAGCCCAAUGACCAGGUUUAUAGAUCACUCUAUUCUCAAUGACAGAAACUUCAGUCUAUAUUGA